AUGGCAAUGAGAGAGAAAAGUCCAACAACAAUAUCCUUGAAGAGUCUUUGUUUUGUGUUGGGUUUUAUACUUCUGGUAACGAGUACACAACUCAACGUUGUCCAUUGUCGUGCCCUUCGGUCGUCGUUGGACGCCACCACCAUCGCCGGAUGUGACCAACAGAGCGGAGGAGGAGCUGACUCCAUGGGCAUGACUCCAUUUCCUGUCUCUCCCAACAACAACUCUAGUAUUGGUAGUGCUUCAGCAAGGAGCUUGGCGGCUAAAUUGGCUUCUGGGCCAAGCAAAAGAGGUUUUUUUUUCCUGUCUCAAAAAGGACUCAACGUCAUUCGUAAAUUGUAA